AUGAGAGGCACAUCGAGACAAUAUGGAGAGCCGAUUGGCCGAUCCCAAUCUCAAAAUCAAUCUUGGGAGGAUCGCUUUGAAACAGGCGUGCAGCGACCGCGGAUAGUAGAGGGUAUGCCAGCUCUUGAAUCAAGUGAGAGAGAUGCUCUUUUCUCAAUGUUGCGCUCGAUGCUCUCCUUCAGGCCAGGAAAUUGUCCUUCUGCUCAGCAGGUUCUCUAG